GACGGCCGCUCCGGGCGGAGACAAUCGCGCCGAACGGGCGCCGUAGCCGGAGCGGGAGCCCAAGCCCGAGCUGCACAGAGCGGUGCGGAGCUGGGGCUGAGCGGGGCCGGCCGAGCGGGGCCGGGAGGCAGCGAUGGACCGCUAAGGCCCGGCCGAGCCCCGCAAUGCCGCCGCCGAGUGGCCCCGGCGUCCUCGCGCGGCUGCUGCCGCUGCUGGGGCUGCUGCUCGGCGGCGCCUCCCGGGCUCCCGGCAAGUCUCCACCGGAGCCCCCCAGCCCUCAGGAGAUCCUGAUCAAGGUACAGGUAUAUGUGAGCGGAGAGCUGGUGCCCCUGGCCCGCGCCUCAGUAGACGUGUUUGGGAACCGCACUCUGCUGGCUGCUGGUACCACCGACUCAGAGGGCGUGGCCACACUACCCCUCAGUUACCGCCUGGGCACUUGGGUAUUGGUCACUGCUGCCCGCCCGGGUUUCCUCACCAACUCUGUGCCGUGGCGUGUUGACAAGCUGCCAUUAUACGCAUCAGUCAGCCUCUACCUGCUCCCAGAGCGGCCAGCCACCCUCAUCCUCUAUGAGGAUCUUGUGCACAUCCUCCUAGGCUCUCCAGGUGCCCGCUCCCAGCCCUGGGUACAGUUCCAGCGCAGAGCUGCCCGCCUGCCUGUCAGCUCCACCUACAGCCAGCUUUGGGCUUCACUCACACCCGCCAGCACCCAGCAGGAAAUGCGGGCUUUCCCUGCCUUCCUGGGCACGGAGGCCUCCAGCUCAGGCAAUGGUUCCUGGCUGGAGCUGAUACCCCUGGCUGCUGUGAGUGUACACCUUCUAACAGGCAAUGGGACGGAGGUGCCACUCUCAGGCCCCAUUCAUCUGUCCCUGCCAGUGCCCUCAGAGCCCCGUGCCUUGGCUGCGGGCACCAGCGUUCCAGCCUGGAGAUUUGACCCCAAGAGUGGGCUGUGGGUACGAAACGGCACCGGUGUGAUUCGGAAGGAAGGCCGACAGCUCUACUGGACUUUUGUCUCCCCACAGCUGGGGUACUGGGUGGCUGCCAUGGCCUCCCCUACGUCUGGGCUGGUUACCAUCACCUCAGGCAUUCAGGACAUCGGCACCUACCACACGAUCUUCCUGCUGACCAUCCUGGCAGCUCUAGCCCUGCUGGUUCUCAUUCUGCUGUGUCUGCUCAUCUACUACUGCCGGAGACGCUGCUUGAAGCCAAGACAACAGCACCGCAAGCUGCAGCUCUCGGGCCCCUCGGACAACAAACGAGAUCAGGCCACGUCGAUGUCUCAACUCCAUCUCAUCUGCGGGGGACCCCUGGAGCCUACAUCUUCGGGAGACCCCGAGGCCCCGCCCCCAGGCUCCCUACACUCGGCCUUCUCCAGCUCCCGGGACUUAGCAUCCUCCCGAGAUGACUUCUUCCGUGCCAAACCGCGUUCCGCCAGCCGUCCCGCCGCCGAGCCUCCUGGUGCUCGCAGCGGCGACGGUGCCGGGCUCAAGGGCGCCCGCUCCAUCGAGGGUCCUGGAGGGCUGGAGCCCGGCCUGGACGAGUACCGGAGGGGUCCGGCGGGGGCCGCGGCCUUCCUGCACGAGCCUCCCUCGCCGCCGCCGUCCUUCGAUCACUAUCUAGGCCACAAGGGGGCGACCGAGAGCAAGACCCCUGACUUUCUGCUGUCGCAGUCGGUGGACCAGCUGGCGCGGCCGCCGUCCCUCAGCCAGCCCGGCCAGCUCAUCUUCUGCGGCUCCAUCGACCACCUCAAGGACAACGUGUACCGCAACGUCAUGCCCACCCUGGUGAUCCCCGCACACUACGUACGCCUGGGCGGCGAGGCGGGCGCCGUGGGAGUGGGCGACGAGGCCACCCCUCCGGAAGGCUCUGCCGCCGGCCCCGCGCGCCCUUUCCCUCAACCCGACCCCCAGCGCCCGCUGAUGCAGGGCCACGCGGGUGCGGGGGGAGACGGCGGCGGCGGCGGCGAGGGCUGGGGCGGCGGGCGCUCCGCACCGGUCAGCGGCUCGGUCACCAUCCCGGUGCUGUUCAACGAGUCCACCAUGGCGCAGCUCAACGGCGAGCUGCAGGCUCUCACCGAGAAGAAGCUGCUGGAACUGGGCGUGAAGCCUCACCCGCGCGCCUGGUUCGUGUCCCUGGACGGGCGCUCCAACUCGCAGGUGCGCCACUCCUACAUCGACCUUCAGGCGGGCGGCGGCGGCCGUAGCACCGAUGCCAGCCUGGACUCAGGUGUCGACGUGCACGAGGCGCGGCCCGCACGUCGCCGGCCCCCGAGAGAGGAACGGGAGCGCGCGCAGCCGCCCGCGCCGCCGCCGCCCGCGCCGCCGCGCCUGGCGCUCAGCGAGGACACGGAGCCCAGCAGCAGCGAGAGCCGCACCGGCCUCUGCUCACCCGAGGACAACUCGCUUACGCCCCUACUGGACGAGGUGGUGGCGCCCGAGGGUCGGGCAGCCACGGUACCCCGGGGCCGGGGCCGCAGCCGUGGGGACAGUUCCCGCAGCAGCGCUAGCGAGCUGCGGCGCGACUCGCUCACCAGCCCGGAGGAUGAGCUGGGGGCGGAGGUGGGCGACGAGGCUGGCGACAAGAAGAGCCCUUGGCAGCGGCGAGAGGAGCGGCCGCUAAUGGUGUUCAACGUCAAGUAGUGCGGCCCGGGGGUCAGCCACCGCCUCUACCGCCGGUGCGGGUCCCCAGAGCGCUUGCCCCUGGGUGCUGCGGGGUGGGGGGGCACGCGCUCAUAGCCAGUAGAAGGGCUCAGGGGCCUGUUGAGCCCACCCGUGGUAUGUGCUGGGGGAGUGUCUUGGGAAGGGACCCAGGAUCGGCCUCUAAGCAGAGGGAGGUGGGAGGGGCCGGUCCCCCAUGGGAGGGGCUGGGAAGGAGGGCUGGGGUGGGGAGCGGUGCCUGUAUAAACGUGGCUGUACAUAGAAAGAUCUAUCGUGGGAGAGCAGGAGGGGCAACCCAGCCUCAGCUGCUAGGGUGAGGGCUGGGAAGGGAGGGGCAAUCUCUGUGGACCCUAAGGGAGGGGAGGGGUGCUGCUUGGAUGUCACAGGGCUGGUGGCUGGGGCUGUCCUGGGGACUAGGGGGUAAUGUGAUGGUGACGCUCUAGACACAAAAAUACAAAGCUGGUGAGGUUAAUUAAA